AACCUGAAAUCCCGAGAUAAUAAAAAAGGAAAAAACAAAAAGGCAACCUAAUCUAUUACCAUGGCCAGGCAAAGAAUGAUUACAAUUGAGCCAUCAAAGAAGAAAAAAGGUGGAAUUGUGAAGCUCAAGAAUGUUGUAGAGAAAUUGGUGCAGAUCAAAGGCUUUUCCUCGGCGAAGAAACCGUGUUCCGAAGAUCAAUACGGCCGUGAUUGUGUCCCAAAAGACGUGAAGGAAGGCCAUUUCGCGGUGAUAGCCGUUGAUGGGUAUCAUGAGCCUACACAGAGAUUUGUCGUCCCAUUGAUGUUUCUAGAACAUCCUAUGUUCCGUAAGCUUUUAGAAAGAGCAGAGGAGGAAUACGGGUUCGACCACCAUGGAGCCCUGAUGGUACCAUGCCAGCCUAGCCACCUCCGGAUGAUAUUGACCGAGCAAUGGUGUUAAUAUUUAUGCCGUAGUUAUUACUAAUUUACUUGAAACUAUAUAAUAAAACCGUAUUAUUCACUAGAGUGACUCUAGUGAUUUUUAGUCACUUAAGAUUUUAGCUAUGCUAUGGGUUUCUAAUGAAAAAAAUAUAUA